UCAUAAUUGGGUGGUUAUCACCCAAAUUCUUUGUAAGAGAGGCCAAGCUACUAUUCAUGAACUGCAUGCUAUCUAUAUAUUUGAAUUGGCCUACUUUCAUAGACUUAUAUCGCUCAAAUAUUUCAGCAAUAACA